AUACCAAGUCCCAGAAUGACAAGCCCUGAUCCCAGCUCCAGAAUACAGAGUGGUGCUGUCACCUCUCUGCAUCCACAAGCUGGAGCUACUGCUGCAGAGUCUCCUACCAACCGGCCUGAUGAUGGAAAGCAACAAAGCAACCGAUUGCCCCUUCCACUGAUAACAAUUUCUAAUUCUUGUCCUUUUUCUCCUACAUAUUCUACAUCAACAACUCCCUCAGUACCACAAAGUCCUGGUAGGGCGGAAAACCCAAUUAGCCCUGGAUCACGCUGGAAGAAGGGUCGGCUCAUAGGGAGAGGCACAUUUGCGCAUGUAUAUCUAGGGUUUAAUAGUGAAAGUGGGGAGAUGUGUGCAAUGAAGGAGGUUACAUUAUUUUCAGAUGAUGCGAAGUCAAAGGAAAGUGCACAGCAGCUGGGCCAAGAAAUUUCGCUCCUCAGUCGCUUAAGUCAUCCAAAUAUAGUGCAAUACUAUGGAUCUGAGACAGUGGAUGACAAACUCUACAUAUAUUUGGAAUAUGUAUCUGGUGGUUCCAUAUAUAAACUUCUUCAAGAGUAUGGCCAGUUUGGUGAAAUAGCUUUUCAUAGUUAUACUCAACAAAUUCUGUCAGGGCUUGCAUAUUUGCAUGCUAAAAACACUGUCCAUAGGUAAGUCAGAUCACCUUACAUUGUUGGUUUGGUUAUCCUAGG